AUGAUAAUAAUGCUUCUAGUAAUGAAAGUAGCCUGCAUAUUUCCAAAUACGUUAUUCUCUAUAGAUCAAGAAUAUUCAUUGUACCCAACUGUGGGAGAAAUUUAUGAAUAUUAUCUGGAGAAGUUUAUAUCAGAAACUUAAUUAAUGUGCAAAACUUAAACUUAAGUUCCAAAUGUGCAAGUAAUAAAUUAAUGCGAAGAAAUAUACUCAACAUAAGGAAAUUGUAAAAUAUUAAGAAUAUUAUUGUAGAAUUUAUAUCUAUAUCAUCAAACAAUACUCAUUUUGGUACUUUGACUAAUAAUAAUGAAGUAAUUAUUUAUGAAUGGAAAAACUCAAUGAUUUAAUAGAUUGGAUCAUCUAUAAAAAUUAAUUCUUCAUUUAAUUGUUUUAAUAUCGAUUUAUCUUCAUAUUUUUCAAUUUUAGUAGAUUGCUUUUACAACAAUGAAUUUAUUUUAAUUCAAUUUAUUGAUGGAUAAUUAAUAGAUGUUUAUCAUAUAUAAUCAUCUGUACCUACUUAAACUAAAAUAUAAUCAAUUAUUAAUGAAACAAAUCCUUUUAUUGUAUAUGCCUAAUAUUUUUAGAAUUAUUCAAUACUUACACUAUUUUCAUCAAAUUUUUGUAAUUAAAGUAGCUUAAAUUACUAAUUUGUCGAUUUUGAUAUUACAAUUAAAAUAAAUCCUCAUAUUUAUGCGAUUACUUCACAAGAGAUUUUUUAAUUAUCAAUAUCACCAAAUUCUCAAUUUAAUUAGAUAAGUAAUUUUAGUUAGGAUGGUAUGAGUAAUUUUAAUACUAUUAAUGUUUAUUACAAUUUUUAAAGUUACUCUUAAAAAUUUUUUUAUCUUUUAUUUGUGAUGACAUCAUAAUUUGGGUCAUUCAAGGGGCUGUCCCCUUCAAUGCCUGGUUCGAAUCGUAGCGUUCUACAACGUCCAGGGUUGAGAGAUGACCAUGAUGCUCAAGGAAAUCACGAGUAACUCAAGAGGGUAACCUUCUAAUUGCCUGGAGAUAACUUUAUGGCUCCUCCCCUCUAAAUCCCGGUCGAGGCCAGAUCCUCGGAGGAAGAUGUACAUUUACUAUUGACAGUUACUCUUAAUGUGAUCAAAUAAAUUUAAUAGAUUCAAAUGGUUAGAUUGCUCCAUUCUUAUAAUGUGAAAAUUAAAUAAUAUAAGUAAUCAAUGAUCUAUUUAUUUAUACAGGCUAUUCUUAAAUUUAGAAGAUACUUUAAAGUAAUCUAUUUAUAAUAUAUUAAUUUAUUGAUACGAUAAUUAUUCUAUAAUAAUAGGCAGCCUAAUACUACAAAUAUACUCUUUAAAAUUAAGGUAAUUCACUAUUAUAUUUCAAUUCUGAUAAUGAAUUAUUUUCAUUUAAUCAAGAGAUCAUAGUUUAUAAAAUCUCAAUAGCUUCCUUGUAAGUCAACUUAACUAAUUUAGAAAUUGCAGGAAAUAAUAAUACUUUUUCACUUUAUUGUAAAUAUUUUGAACAAUUCAUAUAAUUUAAAUUUUAUCUUUAAGUAUUAGCUUAGAAUGAUACAAAUAUAUAUGUAAUGUUUAAUUAAGAUUUCACAUAAUAUUAAACUUCAUUUCAAUUAUCAGUUCAAAAUAGUUUUUUUGGUUUUUCAGGAUAACUAUUACAAUAUUAGUUAAAUCCAUAAAACAUACCUUUAAAAUUUACAUUAAAUGCUUAACAAAAAAUUUGUGAAAGUAGUUAAAGUUAUUAGUUAGUAUAAUUUUUAUCUCUUUACGGACAAAAAUACUAUUUAAUAGGAUAUAUUAAUUAGUCACUUUAUAUAUUGUAAAGCAGUCAAAUUUGCUAAAUGAAUCUAUUAAAUUCAAUUAACAUCACUAUAAAUGCAAGUUCUUUAUAAGUUGCUUAUAGCAUUUAUCCUAAAAUGAUCAUAAUUGGACUGAGAGCAAAUAAUGCAAUAUAUUUGUUUUAAUACUUUGAUGAUACCAAGAACAUAAUAAAUUAUUAAAAUUUUACUUUUUAAUAAAACUUCUCAGAUUAUUUAGUAACAUAUAAUAGUAUUAUAAUUCUAUUUCCAAAUCAAGAGAUUCAAAUACUAACAUUAAAUUUUACAAAUACAUUUACUCUAAAUUAAUAGUCAAUUAAUAUAUUGUUCAAAAACAUUCUGUUCAAUCCUUAAUAAAUAAUUGUAAAUACAUAAUCAUAAUCAUCUAUUUUCUAUAUCAAUAAUAUUAAUGAAGUUAUCAUAAUAUCAAUAGAUUAAAGUAGUAUUCCAAUACCAAUUUCUUUGAUGCAAAUCAAUUUUCCAAUUAAACAGAUAAACUUAGUAGGUAUUUAAUUGAUAUUUUCAUAUCUAUGUAAUAAUCAAUAGAAUAUUUGCUUCUAAGUUUGGAAUGUGUAAAAUUUACCAAAAUACUAUUAUGUAAAGAAUCUAUAUAGUGUCAAAUUUUUGAAUCAAAUGAUUUAAUCUGAUAAUCUAUUCUUAUAUAUAACAUUUAGUAAUUAUACUGUUUAUGCUUAUAAUCCUCAAUUACCAUAUCAUAUGAGUUUAAUGUAUAAAUUAGAAUUAACAUCACCAAUUAUUUGCACUUAGGCAAUUUAAGGCGGUUAUCAUUAUGAGCCUGUAUACUUAUAUAUUUAUUCAAUAAUACUGCUUUCAGACAACAGUAUUUAUUAACUUUAUUUAUACUAACAAUUUGAAAUAUCUGUGGAAUAUUACAAUGAAGACUUUAACAAUUCAAUAAGUUACCCAUAAUUUAUUUAUAAUUAUAGUGUAACAUCAGCAUUAAAUCAAACAGCUUUUUAAUAGACCCCUAAUUAAAGUAUUAUUUUAUAUUCAAAUUACACAAUAUUUUUGAAUUAAAGAAAUUUAUCAUUUAAUUUAAGUAAAGAUUAUAUAAUCCCUAAUACUAAAUUGAUCUCUUAUCCAAUGAAUUUAUUUAUAGAUAGAUAAGUUGAAUAUUGCAAUUAAACUCUAAGCAAAUAUUGUUAUUUAACUUAAUUUUCUCAUUAGACUAAUAACAUUUCUAAUUUUCAGAAUUUUUACUUAAUGACUUAAAUAAAUAAUGAAUUUUUUGCAUUAUAGAAUAACUUUUACUUAUAAAUAGUAAAUAUUGAUUUAAAUAAUCUAUCGAAUAUAAAUUAUUCAUAUCUAAAUUUUAGUACAUGUUUACAAUCAACAUCAUAUAUUUACUAAUUAUAUUCAAUUUGUGAAAAUAAUACUGCAUAGUAUUUACUCAAUUUUACAUUAAACUCUUCAGGUACAAUAAUAUAACUUGAAACUACUUAACUUCCAUAAAGAGUAAACAUUACCAAAAUAAGCAGUGUAUUAAACCAAAUUUUUAUAUUAUCUAAGCAAUAAGAAUCGUAGGAUAGUAUACUUUAUUGGCUUAAUUAAUCUAACAACACCUUAUAAAUGAAUAGUAUUAGUAGUUGCCAAGAUUAUUCUAUUGCAUUAAUUCCAAAAGUUAAUGAAGAUAUUUAAUAAGAUAAAAUCAUUAUUUUCUACUACUAUAAUAAUUAUUUUGUAUUAUAGAAUUAUGGUAAUUUAAGAUUAAAGAAUAAAUUGUUAUAAAUCGAUUAAUAAUCACAUUAAUUUUUGCGAUAUAUCGUAAUUAUGCUAUCAACAUUAAAUACAAUAUUUUUAAAUUCUAAUUUUAUAAAUAUAUUCUCACAGAGCUAUUAUACUUUUUGAAUGAUAUAUAUUUUAGCUACAUCAUUUAUUUACGAAUAGAAAAAUUUUCAUUAUAUAGUUAAAGCAAUUAAAAUGGCACAAUUAUUGGAACUAUUCCAAAUUAUGGUUCUUUAUAGAUUAGUGCUAAUUCUUUUUAUUAAGAUGGAGUUUUGAUGCAACAAUUUACAUAGAAUAACUUAAGUUAAUUUAUAGUUGGAGUAUAUUAUUUGAAUAGUCUCUUAGAUAAAAAUUUGAUGCAACCCAUUUUGAUGCAAGGUUCAUUUAAUACUACAAACCCAAAUUAUGCAAUGAUUAUAAAUAAAAAUUAUCAAAAUGGAACUUCACUAUAUUUUUAUAACUAAUCGAUAUAUAAUUACCCAAUAAGUAUUUGGAAUAUCACAUGUAUUUUGAAUAGCCACACAUAGCAUGAAAUUAACGUUUAAAUAUUUUGCUAAAAUGAAUUUUCAAACGGGAAUUAUAACAUUACAUUCUACCCCCCUCAUUUAGAAUAAUCCAGUAAAAGUUCAAUAUAUGCUUUGAUAUCAAUUAUUCGUUUGCUUCUAUUGUAUUUUUACAUUAAAGUUCAACAUAAGACAAAGAAUUUAGGAUAUAUUAAAUCAGAAAUUGAAUUAUGA